CAGAGGGGGAGGCUGCAGGGUGGAAAAUACACGAGCUGCGAAUCCCAAAGACCUGCCAAACUUUUCUAACUAUUAUCACACGCUUUUUUCCCCCUUUCCUAACCCGACUCGGUGACUGGGAAGAUGACCACAGCAGUGGUGUCGCCUUUCUUCGACUUUGAAGUGAUAAACAAGAAUAAUAAAUUCAACUACAUCAACAACCUGGGGGGCCCUCACCCAGUGUCUGUCCCUUGCACUGGCACUAAUGUGCCCAUCUCCAAUGCCGCCGGAUCCCUGCUGGACAGGAAGGCGGUGGGAUCUCCAGCAAUGGGAGGCGUGUACCAUCGGCGGCACUCUGUCAGCAGCACAAAGUUCAGCCAGAACCAGUUUCUGAAUAGCCUGAAGACUGUGGAGCACUCCUCGCUCAUCUCGGGGUCUGGCAACACCAGCAGCAACAACAAGGAGACCCGCAUGCGAGACCGCUCCUUCUCUGAGACGGGCGAGAGGCUUCUUAACAAGUGCAUGGGUCCUUCCAGCCCUACAUGCGGCGGCAGCAGCCCGGUGAACUCCAGCCGUUACAAAACGGAGCUCUGUAGGCCCUUCGAGGAGAACGGCACCUGCAAAUACGGCGACAAGUGUCAGUUUGCCCAUGGAGUGCACGAACUGCGCAGCCUAAGCCGCCAUCCCAAAUACAAAACAGAGCUGUGCCGCACCUUCCACACCAUCGGCUUCUGCCCCUACGGGCCGCGCUGCCAUUUCAUCCACAAUGCCGAGGAACGCCGUGGACCUCCACAGCAGUCCUCUCCUUUAAACUCUUCCAACAAGCUGGAGAGGCCUCGGCUGCAGCACAGCUACAGCUUUGCAGGCUUCUCCAGCUCUGGUGGGCUUCGGGACAGCCCGACUUCUGUCACCCCACCACCCAUGUUCUUCCCAGAUGAGGUCCCAAACUGGCCCAGCAGCAACCCUUUCACCUAUUCCAGCCAGGAGCUGGCCAACCUGUUUGGGCCUAGCCUCAGUGCCGGUACUGCAGGCGCGGAGCCCAACAGCGCCGCACCGCCCUCUCCAACGGGCACACCUUACUUCUUCAGACCCAUGUUGGAGUCUCCUCCACUGUUCGAGCCCCCUUCUAGCCCCCCAGACUCUCUGUCAGACCAGGAAGGCUACCAGAGCAGCUCUGGCUCAGAGUCUCCCUCGCUAGACAACAGCCGCCGCCUUCCCAUCUUCAGCCGCCUUUCAAUCUCUGAUGAGUAACUGGCACACAUCUAGAGAUCAGUGAUACAAAGAGGCACUCCCCUCUACCUCUGCUCCCUUCCCUGAGCUUCUGUUCUCCCUUAAUUUGAUUACUACAUCCUUACAUCAGCAAGGAUCUGCAGUAAGGGAACAAAAUUAUAAUUCCACCCCAGCUGAUCUGCACGUAAAGUUUUAGAAAUGCCAUGUGUCAUAGUGCCAAACGAGGAGCGGAAACUGAACAAUGAAAACCACAAGAACAAGAAUUGACUGUUUUUCCAGGUGCCACUUGUUUACCCCCCCCCCUCCCCAAUCUCUUUUCCUCUUUUUUUCAUUCGUGAAUGUGUAGCAGCACAAGUGGCCUUGGAAAGGGGAGUGCAUUGCACUAACCCAACCCUCCCUUCCCUCCCGUCUUCCUGCGCUGUCCCUGAUGCCAUCGUUUCCCCUAAGCUAGCUAGAAGGUGCUCACUAAUGUAAUUGUAGCUCUACAGCAGAUGUUUUUACAGACUAAGAGUCAAAAGUAACAGACCCUGAAAUAUAUGAAUAGUUUUUUAAAAAAAGGUUUAAAAAAAAGUGCCUGGGGCGGUUUCCGUAUGCGUUUAGGGUGAAUGGACUACUGUUUGUUGUUUUUCGUGCUUACCUGCUCCCGCGCCGCUGUUGGUCCUCCUUAAGUCCCAUUUUCUGUUUCUAAUCUGGGUGAGUCUGCAGGAAGGACUUUUGAACUGGAAGUUGGUUAUAUACUCCCCCCUCCUCUGAGUUUCCCCUCCUGUUGCUGGUCACUGGCUUAUUUUUUUUCAUUAUUUUGGGGAAGGAAGUCUUUAUCGAACUGAUCAUUAAACCUGUAUGCCUUUGCCACCUCUCCUCUCUGAUCUGGGGAAAUUCCCAUGGUUCAUUUCAGAUUGGAUCUCCAAGCUUCCCCCACUUUACAAACUGCUCCACUGAGCAUUCUGUACUCAUUACAUCCCUUUCUUUCAUUCAUUGAUAAUUAUUUUUUAUUAAUGUUAUUAUUACGGUUAUUAUUUGAAAAAAAAACUUUCCGACAGAAGGUUUGCGUGUCACUGCUUAUUUAACUUAUCAGAACAUAUUUAUUGGUGAUCAUAUGCAUUUUUUGUUAAUUUUGUUUUUUGUAUUUAUCUGGAUAAUGAACAAUAGAAUAUAUUUUCUUUUAUGUUAAAUUAUGAUCUUCCAUAUUAAUCUAAAGAUUGUGAAGACAUUUUUUUGUCAGUUUUCCUUUUUUUUCACAGUUUAAUAUAUUGUACUUUCAAUGACUUUUUGUUCUGCAACUACACUUUGUCAGAAAUGAAUAAUUUAAAGCAGAAAAAAUGCAAAGAAAGAACUUUGUGUUUUUGAUUAUUUAUUAUACUUUUUUUGUUCUUUUCUUACUCCCUCUCAUUGGACUGCAAUUUCAUCUAAACAAGAUAUGCUUGUGUCCAUUCCAGAUGUUUUCCCUACAACAGUCUGACAGUAGCAGUUGCCAACUGUUUAUUACAUAAAAUAAACCUAUUGAAAUACUUUAGGGGAAAAUAACUGGUCCCAAUUUGAGGCCUGGUUAUACUAAAAUCUUUUUAAAAUAGUUUUUUUUUUUGGUUAUUUCAAGCAAUAGCUGUGACCAAAUGAGGAAAGUUGAGGAAAGUUUUUCUUUUCUUCAUAAUUUGAUUGGAUGCUUGACGCACUUGCUCUGCCCCCUAUCAACCAGCGAAAGUGCCUCUUUAAAUACAUUCCAGGUAGCUAAAGGCUUCUAGGCCUUUUUAUAUUUGAUAAAACAGUACCGUUUUUAAAGUCGCUCGUCCUGUGUUGCCUUUACAUGUUUUGGAAGAGGUGAAAGGAUUCUGACACAAAGAAAGUGAAACUGUUGAAUGUAUCUUUUUUUUUUUUUUUAUCUUUUCAUUCGGCCUUGUGUAUUUUCACUACAGUAAUUUCUGUGAGUUUAUAUGAAAACUUAUUUUUCCCUCUUUGUUUUGUAAGUAUUGAUUGCAGUUAAGUCAAUAAACCCCAUAUUUUUUGGAAAACUUAA